AUGCUGGGUUCCAGUACAAGGGUGACGCUUUUACUUCUUGUCUGCAUAGGAUUACUAUCAGACAACAUACAUAAGGUCACAGCCUUGAGAGACAAAGAGUUUUUCCUCAGGCAGAUACAAGGAGACAAAGAUGGAGAUCAUCCAUGUGAAGUUUCUAAGCUAAGGAGCAUCCAUAGGCACAACCGUGAAGAUCAAGUAAUGCUCAGUGGAAACCGGCGCUUUCUUGAGGAGGUUAACAAGAACAAAGUUAAACCUGGGAAGACACAAGAGCAAAAGAAUAAGACAAAGAACUCCUUUCAGUCAAGCAAGAGACGGGUAAGACGCGGAUCAGAUCCUAUCCACAACAAAUCCGAGCCAUUUUCUUGAGUGGCACAACAACAAUCAACUGCAGAGAAAACCAAUAUACUAUGGAAAUGCAAGAAGCAGAAAAGAAAGGGAAGGAAAAAGACUCAACAAUCAAGUAUUGGUUUGAUAAACACACAGAACAUUUCGCUGUUGAAGCCAUUGUUGGUAUGCAGAACAGCAUUGUCUGUGUAUUAUAGUUCGUCUAAGUUUCUCGAUACGUUUUGUUCUUUUCUGCAUUGCUUUGACUCCACCAAAAAAUAUUUUGUGUAUAUAAAAUAUCUCUAAAGUUUUGA